AUGAUCAGGUACAGUACGACCAUUUUUAGAACAAACAUAAUCUCAACUCUGUCAGGGUCGACCAUUCUAUCGGAUGAAGGCUCUCACAGGGCAUACAGAAAACAACACAUGGAAAUUGAACUUACCGCUGGAUCCCCCGUCGACCGACUUCCGCUUAUUCUUGUGUACGACGCCAACACUCCGUUGUCACUCGUUGGUUCAGUUAUUGAAGCAAGCACACGCGAUGACGAACUCUACGCUACGCUUCUGGUAACCUGUGCGCCGGGAUCGGGCUGUCCGACCAACUUCCCCGAGCAGACUAUCUCUCAUUUUAAGGGCUCGUCAUGGGCUGGGCAGUACACUAUUUCUGGGACAACCACUUCAUGGGGUUGCAACCUGGGACGAGGCAGUGACGACACACUUUCAGAUCAAGGGGGUUGGUGCUAUGCUGCGACGGCAGGACCAGGCAGCGAGGAGACGGAGAUGCCAAUGCCAUCACAAGCACAGAAAGGGAAAGGGAACAAGGACAAGUCAUCAGCGGUGAACACUUGUUGGGUGGAGACACGGUCAAAAUUGGUGUUUGUGACGGCAGGCAUGGAGAAGUGGUCUAUGUUGGAACCGACGAAACCGACGUGGCACCCAGAAAGUCAUCUCAAGGCGCGGCUAGAUGGGUUGAAGAGCCUCCACUGUCCAAUGGCCAGGACCAGGACAAAUAUGGCUGAGACUGUGGUGUCCUCAACUGGGUCAAUUAGGUCGACAACAACAGGGGCAGACAAUGCAGGGUCGCCGACAGGGAAGAUAACAAAGCCACCAGUUACAGAUGGUGGAAUUACCUCGGCCGCAACAUCGGCGUUACAGGCUCCGACCUCUUCAUCAUCACUAACUUCUUCUUCUUCAGCGGUUGUUGGUGGCGGGCAUGCAGGCCGAGGGAGAGGCUUGUCCUAUUUGCUUGGUGCCUCCGCACUGGUUACCCUUUUAUUAGGUUAG